AGAGCUUUUUUGUUACUCUACAUAAAUAGGUAAAUUCCGUUUUUAGACCCACGCCCUACUAUUUCGUCAGGCAGAGUACAGAGGUACCUCCGUAACCGCCAUUCGAACAGGAAGAGAGAGAAAAAAAUUGGGCUGCAAUGGCGAAAAUCGACCAACACAAAGACCAUUCGGUAGAAAAAUCCACGGAGGAAGGAAGAGGAAGAGGAAAUUCAUCAGGAAGUAAAGAAGAAGGAGAGCUUUCUGCAUCUGAAAACGAUGAUCAGAGUGAUUGUUUCCCCGAUCAGCUUACAAGCAGUGAUGCUGCUCCGUUGGAUCAGCAUGUUCACAUUGAUACAAUGAAUGAGAAUUUUCAGGAUACGCAGGCAGGACUUACAUCGUACUUUGCAGAAAAAAAUACUUCUUCCAGCAAAAAGGGUUGCUCGAUUGAUGUGCCUUCUAGAAAUUCUCAAGAAUCAGCUCAUCUGAAGAGUUCUAAAAAGAGUCGAGAGCAUUUUGUACCAUUUCUGAUAAGCUUCUCAGAUGACAGUGGCAGUGACUGUGAAAAUUCUGGACAGAAGAAGAUUUCAGCAAGUAAAAACAGAACCUUGGCUGCAGAUAAAUUUAUUAAACCACCAGCCCCUGCUCCUCGAAGACCUCAGAAAUCGCAAAAGAUUACUAGAAAUGUGGCAAAGAUGCCAAACAAAGAGGCUCACAAAGUUUCUUCUUUAUUGACCAAACCUAAUGGAGGCACUUACGGAAAUGCUGCACAUAUGCAUAGUUUGAGAAAAUUUAACAACUCAAAUAUGGUAGCUACCUUUGACCAUGGGAAAAGAACAAAUGUACAUAUGAAUUCUAGUAAACUUCAUGACUUGCGGCAGUUGAUCGCACUUCGCGAGAAUCAAUUGAAUCUUGAGAGAUUACAGAAUACCAAACAAUUAACUUCAGCUUCGCAUAGAGAUGCAAAUUUUGUCAAUAAGAGGAAUUUGGUGGUGAGGGCAUCUAGAGAAACUACUCAUGAUAAUUUGCAAGGACUAAAAGAACCAGACAAGAAACGCCAAAAGAUUGUUUCGCCGAAUCCAAGUUGGGGUUUCUCAAACUCCCAAGAAAUGAUGUCUGUGGUUAUAGGAUCAGAAAAGUGUGCAAUAAAGGAUUCCAAUCACCCUCAACCAACUGAUCAUAGCAGUCAUGGAGAAAAAUAUCCAUCUUGCUCAGUCAUUACUGGACAGCUGAAACAAAAAGAGUAUCAGGGCUCUUCUUCUUCAACAAAUCCAUCUCUCACUCUCAAAGAUGGUAUAGAUGCCGCAAGGAAUCACAAUCAGAGUUCCAGCAAUUCGUCAAAAGAAGUUGCAAGUAAAGCUGCCAAUAAAUUGGUAACUUCUCGAGACAAGGCAAAGCAUGCCACUGAACUAUGUAGUCAAUACAAUCAGCCUCUCUUACAGCAGAAAGUGAGUUCUGGGCUUGCUGGUGUUAAUGUACCUGAAAAGAGUGACACCAAUCUAGUCAGAUCUAAUGAAAACACGCAGAAGCCCGCUCCAGAUAGUAACAUCAUUGCAGCCUCUACCCACGGUGCAGGCAGCAAUGCAAGGGCCAAUGUUAGAAAGAUUUCUCUGAACUUUCCGAGCUUUUGGAACUGCUAUGAUGAGCCGAAUAUUAGUGGAAGCAGCAGCAUAGACUUGCAAUCAUUGUUGAAUUUAGAAGAACUUCAAGAUAAAGAACUGGAAGAAGCACAGGAAUGUCGCCGCAAGUGCGAGAUUGAAGAAAGAAAUGCUCUGAAAUCUUACCGAAAGGCUCAAAGGGCCUUGCUUGAAGCUAAUGCUAGAUGCUCUCACCUAUACAGUAGAAGAGAACAAUAUUCAUCCCAACUUCGAGAACUUAUGAUGGGAAAUCCAAAUUUGUUACUGUCUUGUGGGUCUCCUGACCAAAUUGGAAUUAGAUUGGACUCCUCACCUGCAAUUUCUGAUGUUAAUUUGCAUUUAAUUCCCAAUUCAAGUUGUGCAGUGCAGUCUACAUUUGACUUAAACAAUCAACAGAGAUCCAAUUUAAAUGUCCAUCCAAAUAAUGUCGCUCUUCAAAAUGUAUCCAGUGUUCAAGAGCAUUAUAAUUUGGCGUCUGAUCCAUGUAGUGAGCCUGAUUGUUUCACAUUCAAGCCUCAUAAUGAAGAUAAUGGUGCAAAUGACAUGUGCUCCCCUUCUGAGGAUUUCAAUACGUCUCAAAAUGAGGACGAAGGGAGAUUUCUGUUCGAAGAUAAAUCUCCAGAAAACCAUCUGGACUAUCAAGGAAAGGAAAAAUCCAGAGCUGACAUGGACAAGAAUACGAACAAUGCAUCAGAGGGGCAAUCAGCAAUGAAUAGUUCUCAGGAUUCUUUACUCCUUGAAGCAUCUUUGCGUUCUCAGCUUUUUGAAAGACUAAGGAUGAGAACUUUGCGCCAGAAGGAGAGCCCACAAGAGAGCCUGGAUGCUGUUACUGAAGGCAGAACAGAAAAUAAUGAGGUUGUGGGAAGGGUGGCAACGGACGAUAGAUUAUGCUCUGAUUCAGAGCGAGAGAAUGAGCCACAACAAGGUUUUAACUUGCAAGGUCGUGACAUGAUGAGUACGAUGUUUAAGAUGCCUACAGAGGUGGACCAGCCAUGCAACAAUGAGAAGUUUGGUUCUGAUUCUGCAUCCCCUUCAUCUUAUAUUUGUCUAGAUAAUUGUAUCACCCCAGGCAACGACAAAUCUCAGUUCGCAAGCUCGGUCACCUUUUCAUAUCCUAUCUUGAAGAGUGCUAUCUUAGACUUUAAGGUUUCAGAUUCCAUGGAUUUACUCAAAUUACAGAGUAGAAAUUCCAUUGUACAAACUUCUCAUGAUCAGGGGGAAGACAAUUUUGGUAGCAGCACCACUCCAAGCAUUUCAAGUUCGGUCUCGGUUGAAGCAGCUUCACUGGAUUUAAUUGGCAGUAAGAGUGGGUCUUACUCUUGCAAUUUUACCAUUGACCCGCUUUGGCCACUUUGUAUCUUUGAACUUCGGGGGAAGUGCAAUAAUCCUGAGUGUUCUAUGCAACAUGUUAGAGACUACUCUUCUGGCAGUAGAAUGAAGGUGCCAGUGGAUACCGAUGACAAGGUUGGAUCACCAGCUCAAGGACAGAUAUCCUCUGCUAAAACAACUCUUACCAAGUCACUCGACUGCCUUAAUUUGGCUCCCCCAACUUAUUUGGUUGGCUUGGAUGUUCUGAAAGCUGAUCUGCAGUCAUGUAAAUCUAUCCCAAGUCAUGAGUACAGUCAACUGUGGGUGAAGUGCUUCAGUCUUUCCAUUGUUCUGUCAAGUCAGCUGCCCACUGCUCUGCCAUCUGAUGAGCUGUUAUUUUAUGGUGCUAAUGCUCGUGUUGAGGUCCAGGGUGGUUGGAAUAGGCAAUCACUUUAUUUUCAGAGCAGAAAUGGAUCAUCGGGUCUAAGCAAGGAACUAUUUGCUGCUGAUGAUCAGAUUGUAGAAAUGGCUCUUCUUAAUCUCAAUCAGGAGGCUAAUAAAUUGAAAGGAAGGUUAAAGGCUCUUGAACUCCUUGCUCAAGCUUUGGAAGCUAAUCCUACGUCAGCAGUUGUCUGGAUUGUUUACCUGUUACUUUACUAUAGCAGUCAGAAGUCCAUUGGAAAGGAUGACAUGUUCAAAUAUGCGGUUGAUCACAUCGAAUGCUCUUACGAACUCUGGCUUUUAUAUAUAAAUAGUCGAACACAGCUGGAUGAGAGGUUGGCUGCAUAUGAUGCUGCACUCUUGGCCCUGUGUCGCCACGCAUCUGCAUCUGACAGGAAUGCUCUUUUUGCCAGUGCUGGCAUAUUGGAUAUAUUUUUGCAGAUGAUGAAUUGUCUGUGCAUGUCUGGGAAUAUUGCUACAGCCAUUGAUAAAAUCACUGAGCUACGUCCAACAGAAGAGAAAUCUGAUAGCCCGCUCAGACCGUCUCUUCCUGGUAUCCUUAAAUGCUUAACCAUUUCUGAUAAAUGUGUUUUCUGGGUCUGUUGUGUCUACUUGGUUGUGUACAGGAGACUUCCUAUUAACGUUCUGCAGCGGUUUGAAUAUCAGAAAGAAAUUUCUUCCAUAGAUUGGCCAUCUACUGACUUGACCUUUGAUGAGAAGCAACGUGCUGUCUCUCUGAUGGAAUUAGCAGUUGAUUCUCUAGCGUUAUUCAUUGAUAGAGAGGCUCUUGAAGAUGAAGCAAACCUCAGGGCAGCACACCUGUUUGCAGUCAAUCACGUUAGAUGUGCAAUGGUGCUUAAGGGUUUAGAUUGUAGUAGGAGUUUGUUAGAGAACUAUGUCACAUUGUAUCCAUUAUGUCUAGAACUUGUUUUGAUGUUAGCUCGGGCAGAAUAUGAUUUUGCAGAUGGAAGUUUUGAAGGUUUUGAAGAUGCUUUAGCCAAUUGGUUUGAUGAAGUUCCUGGAGUGCAAUGUAUUUGGAACCAGUAUGUCCAAUGCGCACUCCAAGAUAGGAAAAGAGAUUUUGUUGAGGAAUUAAUGGCUCGAUGGUUCCAGUAUUCAUGGAAACACAGAUAUUCUCAAAAUAGUUGUCUGGAUCCAGUAGAUGGUGACAGCUCCAAGUCUUUACCACAGUCUGCUUCAGUAUCUGAUGUUGCUGCUCUCUUUUCCAAUUCUAGCCCGAACGAUAUUGUAUUUGGGAUGCUGAACUGUUCUAUCUAUAAGCUAUUACAAAAUGACUACGCUGAAGCUCAAUUAGCCGUUGAUCGGGCAUUGGAGGCUGCUUCUGCUGAGAGUUACAAUCACUGUGUGAGAGAACGUCUCUUGUUCCGGCAUGCAGAGAACUUGCACAAUGAUUGGCAAGUAUUGAGACUUUUGUCUGGUUAUUUGGCUGAUAAGCGUGCUUCCAACACGUCUGAGCCAUUGUCCAGAGAGUUCCUCCAAAGAAUUAAGAAGCCUAGAGUCCGGCAGCUAGUUGGCAAAUUGUUAUGUCCGGUGUCAUUGGAGCCUUCCAUGUUGAACACUGUUCUGGAAGCAUGGUAUGGUCCAUCUCUCUUGCCCGAAAAGAAACUCACCAACUUCGUUGACAUGGUGGAGAGCCUAAUGGCGAUACUUCCUUCCAAUCAUCAUCUGGCCAUUUGUGUAUGCAAGCAGUUAACCAGAACCUCAAGUCCAGCAAAUGCUUCUGACGGCGUCUUUUUCUGGGGAAGCUCUCUCUUGAUAAAUGCGUUAUUUCAAGCUGUCCCCGUUGCACCAGAAUAUGUAUGGGUAGAAGCUGCAGAUAUUUUGCAUGAUCUUACAGGUUCCCGGUCCCUAUCCAUCAGUUUCCUCAAGAGAGCUCUGUCGAUUUAUCCAUUCUCUACAAUGCUGUGGAAAUCUUACAUCAAUUUUUCAGAAGCUGAAGGGGAUUCAGGAUCUGUAAAAGAAGCUGCAAUGGCAAAAGGCAUUAAACUCCAGUGACUAAUAUCCCCCGAGGUAAAUUUUGGGGCAGCUUUUUGAUAGUGUAAUGAGUAGUGUAAUGUGGUGAGUGAUUAUUCAUAUUUACCAUUGCAGAAGGCAGAUCAAUAGUUAUAUAGAGAACUAGAGAAUUGUACAUGUAAAGGGAAAAUCAUAUAGGUCCUAAUUGCCAAAGAUAUUUCUCUAAGCAAAACAUUCGUAUUUGUAGCUUAUGAAGAUUUAGGUGAAAUUACUUGUGCCUUUUGGUUUGAUGGAAUGGUAUAGCAAUAUAUUUUAUUUCUUACUUUUUA